AUGAAGUUCUACAUCGCUGCCAUUACUCUCCUGACUACCGCUGUCACGGUCAUGGCUUCUCCAGUUGAGAGCGCUCAAACUCCAGGAAAAUGCGGGGGGACUGCUUGCGUCCUCGAGAACGGUCAAAUGGUAGACUGUGAUUAUGGAUCUUGCAAGGGCCAUGAUGGUGAAGCCUGCAAUUCCGGAAAGGGAAACUACUGCCCGGGAGCCUGA